GAAGUGAUACGUUAAUACAAGUGUGGAAUGAUGACAAAAAUUUAAAGAAAGUCGCGGAUAAGGGUUACAAAAUGAUAGUAGGAAGUAGUGAUUAUUGGUAUUUGGAUUGUGGUCACGGUGCAUGGCUUGGGAAUUUUGUGAAUGGAACUAGUUGGUGUGAUCCAUACAAAACCUGGCAAAAGGUAUAUUCCUACAAUCUCACUACUGGACUGACGGACAAAGAGGCUAAAUUAGUAAUUGGAGGUGAAGUACUCUUAUGGUCAGAACAAUCUGACCCCACUAACUUUGAAAAUAUGCUUUGGCCAAGGUCAUCAGCGGCCGCCGAAGUUCUAUGGUCGGGCGUUAAUAACCGCAGCGUAGUCGAAGCACUACCAAGGUUACAUGAUUGGCGGUUUAGAAUGGUAAAACGAGGCAUUAAAGUUGAACCACUGCAACCGCUUUGGUGUGUGAGGAAUGGGGGUUGUGAUUUACCACAUUGA